AUGAGAUGCGGAAACACCUGGGAACCAGCCAGGUUAGUGGGAGAAUCUAAACAAGGAGAACCUAGAUCGUUUGUUGUGACCGCCAAUAACAAAGAAUACCGGAGGAAUAGAAAACAUAUACUAAAGACUUCAGAAGAAAUUUGUUCAAGUCCAGAGAAGACCAGUACAAUAGACAUUGAAGAACCUGUUUAUAGUGAGUAUGAUACAGUGGGAGUAUGUGGUGAAAAGCAAAUUGAAACAAGUGGCAAUAGCAUACAAGAAGAAACUAAUGGGACAUUAGUGAAAUCACCAGUUGUAAGUAAAGUUAGUGGCAGAGUCAUCAGAAGACCUGCCAG